UUAUUUUACAUUAUUUACAUGUUUUUAAGUUGUUUUCAUUCUAUGUGGCAAUUUAAAUCCAUAGAUAAAUGGUGGAAGCAUGCAAUAAUGAAAGAAAAAUUGUGUUUUAUGGCAUAUUCAAAGGAAUAUUCAGUAAACUGCUUAACAUGCCCAUUUUGCCCCGCUUUCCCCUACUCUUUUAAUGAGUGAAGAAUGGUUGGCUUCGCUAUCGUGGGCGGUAGAACUAAACGUGGAACAGCUAAGGGGUCGCAACCAGCGAAUUGUGCGCAGCUGGUGGAUGCGACCAAUGUUUUUUCAGCGACGUCAAGACGGCAACCGUUUGUUGGAUGAUAUUGUCGCAGAACGGACCAACGAAACAAUUAAUACCUUCAUUCGCGUAAAACCAGAAGAUUUAGAAUUUUUACCGCGAAGCAUUGCGCCGGAAAUAGCUCGUAUGAAUACGAAUAUGCGCGAUACCAUCACCACUCAAGAAAGAUUGCUAAUAUUGCUUCACUACUUAGCUACAGGCCAUACCUUCAGUAGCUUGCAAUUUUUAUUUCGGGUGUCUCGUUCUUCGAUUAGCAGAAUUGUGAAAGAGACGAGUCUUUGCCUAAAUAAAGUGUUACGUUCCUAUUUGAAGCUACCGUCCACUAAACAACAAUGGCUGGAGGUAUCACAAAGGUUUGAGCAGCGUUGGAACUUCCCCCAUGCCAUUGGUGCGAUGGACGGAAAGCAUGUCAAAAUCCGCGCUCCUGCACACAGUGGAUCCGAUUACUACAAUUACAAAAACUUUUUUAGUAUUGUGCUUCUAGUAAUAGUGGACGCUGACUACAAUUUUCUGUUCGCGGAUGCGGGAGGAAAAGGAGGCAUUUCGGAUGGAGGAAUACUUCGAAACAGUCGAUUGUUUCAAAAACUGGAAAACAAGUUGUUGAAUAUACCUGAUCCAGAGCCUUUGCGAGUACCAUAUAGAGUUCCAGUACCGUACUUCUUGCUAGGAGACAAGGCUUUCGCCUAUACCGAUUACUGCAUCCGUCCAUUUGGUGGAAUCCGUUCACCUGGAAGUUAUCAGCGCAUUUUCAACUAUAGACAUUCCCGAGCUCGAAUGCCCGUUGAAAAUGCGCUGGGAAUUGUGACAAACAAAUUCGAAGUAUUAAGUGGGCCAAUACGUCUUCCACCGGAUGUAGCAAAACACGUUGUUUUAACGCCAUUAUAUUUACACAAUUUCUUGCGUAAAAGUGCUUCAAGGCAUAUCUACUCGCCACCAUCUUCAUUCGACAGAGUCGUUAACGGAAACUUGAUACCUGGCGAUUGGAGAGCAAAUGAAGGAUUAGCAGGUCUGCCAGGUGUUUCGUCAAGGGCACCUGAUCGAUUGUUGAAUAUUCGAACGCAUAUAGCACUAGACUUCAAACAUAAUUAUUAUCAUUAUGGUUGAACUAUUAACCAUAAUGGUCAGGUCGUUGCACAACAUGUCAAAUAAGAAUAAGCCAUUGAAAUACAACGAAUUUGUUUGAAUUGAUUUAUCAACGUCAUCGUCCUUAACCUUCACUAAUAACAUGUUAUGAUAUUGAUGUGAUAUUAUCUAUAUAUUUAACAGUAACCAUACAAAUUGACCAACACGCUGAAACAGCUACUUUUACGAUGAAACUCAUUGUGAUUGUUGGACUCUCAAAACAUGAAGACUAACAUCAAUAAAAUCAACAGAAAUAUGAAAUAAAAUGAAAUAUAACUACAUUAAUCGAUUAUAAACGGUUUAUUGGCAACAGUUGAUUUACAGAUCAAUGAAAACAAAUAAUUAUAUUCCUUAACUAGUAAAAACAUAUAUAAUAUUUUAACAUGGAUGAAAUAUAUUAGUAAUAUAAUAUUGAGAGGCUUUACUCUGGUAAACUUAGGGUUCGGAGGGGAAAAUAAAGUAUUUAAUAAAAACAACA